AUGUCUCCUCCGCCCGUCCCUCCCAGCGACGGGGGUCCAGCCCCCGUCCCGGUCCCGGGCCCGGGGCUGAGCUUGCUGGUGGGCGUGGGGCUGGCGGGGGCCAUGCUGGGGCUGGGCUGCAGCGCCCGCCCCUCCCGCUGGGGGUCGCCGUGGGGGGUCCCCCCGGCCGCCCCGCUGCUGGCGCUGCUCAGCCAGUUCGCGCUCCUGCCGCUGCUGGCCUGCCUGCUGGCCCUGGCCUGCCGCCUCCCCGCCGUGCCCGCCGUGGCCGUGCUGCUCUGCGGCUGCUGCCCCGGGGGAAACCUCUCCAACCUCAUGACCCUGCUGGUCGACGGUGACAUGAACCUCAGCGUUGUGAUGACCAUCUCCUCCACGCUGCUGGCGCUGCCUCUCAUGCCGCUGUGCCUGUGGGCCUUCAGCCGCCCCUGGAUCAACACCCCGCUGGUGCGCCUCCUGCCCCUGGGCGCCGUCACCCUCACCCUGUGCUGCACGCUCCUGCCCAUCGGCCUGGGGGUCUUCAUCCGCUACAAGUUCAGCAGGGUCGCCGACUACCUGCUUAAGGCCUCCCUGUGGUCUCUGCUGGUGACCCUGGUGGUUCUUUUCAUCGUGACCAGCACCACGCUGGGGCCCGAGCUGCUGGCCAGCAUCCCCGCCACCGUCUACAUGAUAGCCAUCCUCAUGCCGCUGGCCGGCUACGCCCUGGGCUACGGCCUGGCCACCCUUUGCCGCCUCCCUCCCAGCAGCAGGAGGACCGUGGCCCUGGAGACGGGGGGCCAGAACGUGCAGCUGUGCACGGCCAUCCUGAAGCUCACCUUCCCCCCGCAUCUCGUGGGGAGCAUGUACAUGUUUCCCCUGCUUUAUGCGCUGUUCCAGGCGGCCGAGGCCGGGCUUUUCGUGCUCGCCUAUAAGAUGUUCGGGAGAGAGGACCUGCCGAAGCAGGACCGCCUGGACGAAGAGGAGGAUACAAAUAUUUCUUACAAGAAGCUCAAGGAGGAGGAAAUGGCAGACACCUCCUAUGGUACAGUGACCGUGGAUGCUCCUGGUUCUGUCAUGAUGACACCCACACAGACGUCGCUGUAGAGGUCCCCUCCUCCCUUCUUCCCCCCCAUCCGUUGUAUAGCCUUUAGGAUGUCCCUCCCGCACCCCCUUCCUCGCCGUUACACUACAACAAUGGCUAUCACAGCAGGUCACACCGUGGCGAAGUAGAGAUGCUCUUAGGCAGUUAAACUGAAAGCCCCGGGAGGCGGCUGCCAGCUCUAAUAAACCCUCUUUAGCAGAAGUCCAGACUCUUUGAAACCGGGAAGCUAUUAGAAGAAGCAUGCCCCUACCAUACCCAAGAUCCUUGCGCGCUCGGCGCAAGCUGUAUUCGGAGUAGAUAAUUGAGUUGCAAGCAUUUCAUUCACUGUGGAAAAAAGUGUGUGUCGUGCGGCUUAUAAAUACAUGGGGA